GGUUUUGUGGGGUGCUUUUUUUUUUAAAAAAUCAGAUGUCCACGAAAGGUAGAUUUCCCAGUAAAUAGUUCACCAGUAAGCAAGGAAAGUGCAGCACAGCGAGAGAGGGAGCCAGUGAGAGAGAAGCCUCCCAAGUACAACAAGCUCAAGUUCCUCAAUCUGCCAGUUUUAGAAAGCCACAGCGUUAACUGGAUCAUGCUCUGCUAUAUAUAGACCUCGUCUGCAGAGAUUUAGUUACCAAGAGGGGAGACAGCGCAAUCAGAGGAAGAGACAGAGAGAGGAGAGAAAGAAAGGGAGAGAGUGAGUGUGAGAGCAGGUCCUCGUUGUGAGUUGCAAAAUGACCAGCAGUGCUGCCUGUGUGAUCUAGUUCAUCAUGCCUCUGAAAUGGAAACUCUGCAACAGCCCCAGUGACAAGAGAUUCUUGGUUUCUGUUCUCAAGGCUUCCCAGGCAGCCUCCCUCUCCCCGACCUACAUUUCGCUGCUCGAAGAGGAUACUGUAUCCGUGAAGGUGUCUGUAGCCUGUAACAGGAUGGGAGUGUCCACCUAUCACCAGCCCUCCACUUCUCCUGGGAGUACCCAAAUCUUCAGCAGUGAAGUGCAUAGUGCUACGGUUCUGGAGGGUUUUAACAACCUGAGGACCAAUAGUUUACUCUGUGAUGUUACUUUGGUGCCAGAAGACGGAGAUGAACGUUUCCCAGUCCACAGAGCCAUGAUGGCAUCUGCCAGUGACUAUUUCAAUGCCAUGUUCACAGGUGGGAUGAAGGAACAGGAAUUGAUGACAAUCAAACUCCACGGAGUGAGCGGGAUAGGAUUGAAGAACAUCAUAGAAUUCAUCUACACUGCAAAGAUGCCUCUGAACAUGGAUAAUCUCCAGGACACCCUGGAAGCAGCCAGCUUCCUGCAGAUCAUGCCCAUCCUGGAAUUUUGCAAAGAGCUCCUGAUUUCUCAGGUGUGUCUUGAGAACUGCGUAGAAAUUGGACGCAUCGCCAGCUCUUACCACUUGUCUGAAGUAGAUGAUUACAUCAAAGAUUGCCUCCUGAAGAACUUCGCCAACUUGUUGAGCAAUGGGGACUACAUCAAGCUCUCAUAUGACCAGCUGGCCUUUGUGCUCAGCAGCGACAGCCUGCAGAACUGCCCAGAACUCGAGCUAUUCAAGGCGGCUUGUCAGUGGCUGAAGCAGGAGGAGGGCCGUAUGCAGUUUGCUGCGAAGCUGAUGAAGAACAUUCGCUUCCCACUGAUGUCUCCACAGCAGCUCCUGGACCACGUCCAGAAGGUGGAGUUCAUGCGAACGGACACCACGUGUGUCAAUCUUCUGCUCGAAGCCAGCAACUAUCAGAUGUUGCCCUACAUGCAGCCCGUCAUGCAAUCGGAGAGGACUCAGAUCCGUUCCGAUGAAACUCAUCUGGUCACCCUGGGAGGCGUGCUGCGUCAGCAGCUUCUGGUCAGCAAGGAGCUGCGCUUGUUUGACGAGAAGAGCCAAAGUUGGAAGUCCCUGGCGGCUAUGGAUGUGCCCAGGUACCAGCACGGUGUGGCUGUCAUUGGCAACUUCCUGUUUGUGGUCGGCGGACAGAGCAACUAUGACACCAAGGGGAAGACUGCCGUGGAUACGACGUACAGAUACGACCCACGCUACAACAAGUGGAAACGCAUGGGCUCCUUAAAUGAAAAGAGAACUUUUUUCCACCUCAGUGCUCUUAAAGGACAUUUGUAUGCAGUCGGAGGCAGGAACGUCGCUGGAGAAUUAGCCACCGUUGAAUGCUAUAAUCCAGCAACCAAUGAGUGGACGUACGUGACUCGAAUGAGUGAACCUCACUAUGGACACGCUGGGACUGUUCAUGGGAAAUACAUGUAUAUAUCAGGUGGGAUCACCCAUGACACAUUCCAGAGAGAGCUGCAGUGUUAUGAUCCAGAAACCGACAGCUGGUCUCAGAAAACCGAGAUGUCCACUGUGAGAGGGCUGCAUUGUAUGUGCACGAUUGGGGAUCGCCUUUACGUCAUCGGGGGAAACCACUUCCGAGGCACGAACGACUACGACGACGUACUGAGCUGCGAGUACUACUGCCCGGCCGUGGACGACUGGACCGCCAUCGCCCCAAUGCUGCGCGGACAGAGCGAUGUUGGCGUGGCCGUCUUCCAGGACAACAUUUAUGUCAUUGGUGGCUACUCCUGGAACAAUCGCUGCAUGGUGGAGAUCGUUCAGAAGUACGACCCACAGAAGGACGAGUGGGAGAAAGUCUUCGAUGUGCCUGAGUCUCUCGGCGGAAUCCGGGCGUGCACCCUGACCGUUCACAUGCCGGAGGAGGAAACGGGUUUGCCAUCUCAGGAGUCACCGCUUGUGCCACCAGACGCUUAGCAGAUGGACACCAACUCCUGACAAGUGACUGCCACGGAUUUUUCACUCGUUACGGGUUACCUUACACUUAUUGUGAAAAAUGGCUCCUUUGCUGCCUCUUUCUAAUGUCCUUUUUCCCCAUUAAAGAGGACACAAUGAAAAUAUCCCUAUAAUUAUCCAACAGUGUGGAAUAGAACCCCCAGUGUUUCGUUUUAACAGAGUCCACUGAAUUAUAUUCAUGCCAAAUACACAGGUGCCAUAUGGGCUUCAGAGCCAGUGAUCAAGCUCGCCAUUAGGUUGACAACAUGAUUCCAGGCUAUAGAUCCUUAAACUAUUAGCAUUUCCAUAGAAACUCCCAUUUCGUGGGCCAACUGGUUCUGUAUAUUUUCAAUCCCUGCAAACAGUUCACUAUGGGUAUACAAUGGGAUUUGUUGUCAUAUUUAGCAUUCAGUAUUGAUCAUCAGAUAUAUUCCAUUGUUCAAUCUUUACUUGUGCCACUUGGCAAUUAAAAGAGACAGGCACCAUUGUGAUUCCUUCGCCUCUAAUAAACAAGUUUCAGCAACUCUAAAUGAACUGUACGGGCAGACGAUCGCCAUCUUGCCCAUCCCCAACCUCAGACUGGUGCCCUAUUAACCGUGAGGAAAUUAAAGCUGAUCACGUUUAUGUGAGGAAAGAAAAUGCUCUCCUCUCAAACGUACACACCACACACACACCUGUGCUUGUUACCUAUAGCAUUGUGAAUUGCUGAGAGAUGUUAAAAGUGGGUCAUCUUUGUGAAGUGCGAGUUAUUUGGUUUGCUUUUUAAAAAAAGAGAAAAUUUGAAUGGCGUUUCAAAGAACAAAUUUGAACAUCAUCAGAAAAGUAAAUUGUUAAAACAGUGCGAGUCAUCUCCUUUGUUCAUUCCCCCAAAUGUUUUUGUGGGUACCAACCCCCCACCCACCCCGUUACUCUCUGAGUGCAGUUCCUGGGGCAGAGAGCCUUGAUCCCACAGCACUGCAGGAACUGAAUGGGUGUCAGUGAAGGUCAUCCUCGCUAGAGAAGAUGUUUAUUGGUGAAUCAAAACUGAUGUUAUGGAGAGAAGGGUUUGAAGCAGGUUAGAUCCCAUUGCACUUUUUGUACAACUCGGGCAGUUUAACCAUCCAUUUCUUAAAACAAAAUUGCUAACAAGCCAGUGAUCUUAAAUUCAAAUCAAAGAUUAACAUUCCCAGCCUUUAUGCUUCCCUUCAGAUCAGCAUUUCUGCAUGCAUAGCUCACGGCAAAGAUACUGGGAAGAAAGUGUCAAAUAAAACGGGUUUAAUAAUAAUAUUUUUUUUUCUCUUUCAUUUUAUUUCUUCUCCCCCCUGUUACGCUCGCUCACCUUUCACACAAUGCGCCAUUCCCAUAUCAGGCACAUUGCUCCCGGGAUUCUGCUGGCGGUUUUGAGCUGAUGGCCACAAGAUGUGCCAUAGCAGGUCAAGUAUUACACUUAUUCCUUUCUCUUGCUCCCGUUCCCUCUGUCUGCCUGUGGAUAGUUUGCAUUUUGAUAUAGCGCUUUAUCACUUUAUGAGAUGUCUCCAAGCGCUUUGCAGGAUAUACUGGAAAAUGGAUUGACUGUGUAUUUUAUGGACGAAGCACAGCAGCCAGUUUGGGCACUGCGACAUCCACAAACAGCCAUAGAGUGAGUGACUGAUUCAAUGUUGGGGAUUGUUGCCCAGGACACCAGGAGAAACUCCCUUCUCUUUUUGAAUAGUGCCAGGGGAUAUUUAACAUCCACCUGAACAGGCAGACAGGACAUGUCUCAUCAGAAGGACGACACCUCUGACAAUGCAACACGCGUGCCCACCACUGCGUUGGAGCAUCAGCUUAGACUAUAGGAUUCCAAGUCUCGACGUGGGGUUUGAACCCACUGCCAUCUGUAACAGAGGCGAGAGUGCUACGACUGAGCCAGGUUGACGCACAAAUUUCAGUUAUUUAGCAAGUUGCAGUGUUGCACAAGCAGUAAUCCACUCAGCAACCAUGUCCUAUCAUUGCAUGACAUGCUGCAUCAGCCCAUCAAUAUGCCUUGUCACCAAGUUACUCUAACCUGUUAUUUGAAAUGUAAAUGAACCUUUGAUAACAUUAUUUUCUUAGUGCAAUUUUUUGUCAGAUCUAUUGAUUUAUUUUUAAUGGAGUUUCUGUUUCAUAUGAUUACUUUCAUUGUCUAUAAUUGUUCAGAAGGUUGGUCUUCAUAUACCGUGCCCUGUAAGAGUGUACCUCAUAAAUCAAUAAAACAAUUUUCAUUUUAA